GUGGCAUCGUCACGGCCUAGUUCCACAUCGGUCUUCUCGCUGACAGAUUCUCCAAACAUCUCAACAACCCGUGCGUUAAAGAUGACGAUCAUGAAUUCAAUGUCCCCCAAGAGUACAUCAGAAAAACUCAUCAACAACGCGACCCAAUUGUAUCCUAAUUUCCCCGCAAGCUUACCGAAAACAACAGCAGCAGCACAGGUCAAGACUGGCCCUUUAUAUAUGACGGCAGUGUUUAUGGGUCGCCUUGGCAACCAGUUAUUUAUCUACGCGUCCCUGCUCGGCAUAGCAAGGGCGCAGAACAGAACCGCUUUCAUACGGAUAGGGACUGAUUUGGAAAAGGCCUUUCAAAUAACUCACGUCAACCCCAAUAUCAGCGCAGCAGGGUUAGUACCUUUCAUUUGCUGAAUCGUUCAAAUAACUUACGUCAACCACAAUAUCAGCACAGCAGGGAUAGUACCUUUCUUUUGCUCAAUCUUUCAAAUAACUCAGGUUAACCCCUAUAUCAGCACAGCAGGGUUAGUACCUUUCAUUUGCUCAAUCUUUCAAAUAACUCACAUCAACCACAAUACCAGCACAGCAGGGUUAGUACCUUUCUUUUGCUCAAUCUUUAAAAUAACUCACGUUAACCCCAAUAUCAGCACAGCAGGGUUAGUACCUUUCAUUUGCUCAAUCUUUCAAAUAACUCACGUUAACCCCAAUAUCAGCACAGCAGGGUUAGUACCUUUCAUUUGCUCAAUCUUUCAAAUAACUUACGUCAACCCCAAUAUCAGCACAGCAGGGUUAGUACCUUUCAUUUGCUCAAUCUUUCAAAUAACUCACGUCAACCCCAAUAUCAGCACAGCAGGGUUAGUACCUUUCAUUUGCCCAAUCUUUCAAAUAACUCACGUCAACCCCAAUAUCAGCACAGCAGGGUUAGUACCUUUCAUUUGCUCAAUCUUUCAAAUAACUCACGUCAACCCCAAUAUCAGCACAGCAGGGUUAGUACCUUUCAUUUGCUCAAUCUUUCAAAUAACUUACGUCAACCCCAAUAUCAGCACAGCAGGGUUAGUACCUUUCAUUUGCUCAAUCUUUCAAAUAACUCACGUCAACCCCAAUAUCAGCACAGCAGGGUUAGUACCUUUCAUUUGCUCAAUCUUUCAAAUAACUUACGUCAACCCCAAUAUCAGCACAGCAUGGUUAGUACCUUUCGUUUGCGCAAUCUUUCAAAAUACUCAAGUCAACCCCAAUAUCAGCACAGCAGGGUUAGUACCUUUCUGUUGCCCAAUCUUUCAAAUAACUAACAUCAACCCCAAUAACAGCACAACAGGGUUAGUACCUUUCAUUUGCCCAAUAUUUCAAAUAACUCACGUCAACCCCAAUAUCAGCACAGCAGGGUUAGUACCUUUCAUUUGCCCAAUCUUUCAAAUAACUCACAUCAACCCCUAUAACAGCACAGCAGGGUUAGUACCUUUCAUUUGCCCAAUAUUUCAAAUAACUCACGUCAACCCCAAUAACAGCACAGCAGGGUUAGUACCUUUCAUUUGCCCAAUCUUUCAAAUAACUCACGUCAACCCCAAUAUCAGCACAGCAUGGUUAGUACCUUUCAUUUGCCCAAUCUUUCAAAUAACUCACGUCAACCCCAAUAUCAGCACAGCAGGGUUAGUACAUUUCUUUUGCUCAAUCUUUCAAAUAACUCACGUCAACCCCAAUAUCAGCACAGCAGGGUUAGUACCUUUCAUUUGCUCAAUCUUUCAAAUAACUCACGUCAACCCCAAUAUCAGCACAGCAUCUUUAGUACCUUUCAUUUGCCCAAUCUUUCAAAUAACUCACGUCAACCCCAAUAUUAGCACAGCAGGGUUAGUACCUUUCAUUUGCUCAAUCUUUCAAAUAACUCACGUCAAUCCCAAUAUCAGCAUAGCAGGGUAGUACAUUUCUUUUGCUCAUUCUUUCAAAUAACUCACGUUAACCCCAAUAUCAGCAAAGCAGGGUUAGUACCUUUCAUUUGCCCAAUCUUUCAAAUAACUAACGUUUACCCCAAUAUCAGCACAGCAGGGUUAGUACAUUUCAUUUGCUCAAUCUUUCAAAUAACUCACGUCAAACCCAAUAUCAGCACAGCUGGGUUACUACCUUUCAUUUGCUCAAUCUUUCAAAUAACUCAAGUCAACCCCAAUAUCAGCACUGCAGGGUUAGUACCUUUCAUUUGGUCAAUCUUUUAAAUAACUCACGUCAACCACAAUAUCAGCACAGCAGGGUUAGUACCUUUCAUUUGCUCAAUCUUUCAAAUAGCUCACGUCAACCACAAUAUCAGCACAGCAGGGUUAGUACCUUCCAUUUGCGCAAUCUUUCAAAAACUCACGUCAACCCCAAUAUCAGCACAGCAAAGUUAGUACCUUUCAUUUGAUCAAUCUUUCAAAUAACUCAUGUCAACACCAAUAUCAGCACAGCAAGGUUAGUACCUUUCAUUUGAUCAAUCUUUCAAAUAGCUCACGUCAACCACAAUAUCAGCACAGCAGGGUUAGUACCUUCCAUUUGCGCAAUCUUUCAAAAACUCACGUCAACCCCAAUAUCAGCACAGCAAGGUUAGUACCUUUCAUUUGCUCAAUCUUUCAAAUAACUCACGUCAACCCCAAUAUCAGCACAGCAAGGUUAGUACCUUUCAUUUGAUCAAUCUUUCAAAUAACUCAUGUCAACACCGAUAUCAUUACAGCAGGGUUAGUACUUUUCAAUUGCUCAAUCUAUUCAAAUCUUUAUUUGGAGAACUAGAAAACUUUAUUUAUGCGGGAAAUAGAGCCCGAAAUAAUUAUGUAGCGUUAAAACGAGAUAGAAUUUUAAAGAGAAGUAUGAAUGAUGUCUUGUAUUUGAUUAAAAAGGUAUGGAAAUUUUCAUAAUUAUAUCAUUGUGGAUAUAUUAUAACAUACUAACAAAAAGCCCACCAAGCAACGACGGUGCCAGGGCAUGAACUUCCCAUCUACUAAAGUUAUUUGUGCAAAAAGGAAAUCUAUGAACGCCGCUUCCAAAGAAUCCCAUUUAGUACUCAUUCGUGGGAGUUUUAUUUUGCGCGUCCACUGACCACAGUGUUAAGCCAUUCAUAUGUACAUGUAAAGAACUCUUUACUUAAGAGGAAUUAUUUUAAACUAUUUAGAUUUUUAAAGACAAUUUAAGCUAGGGAGACCUGUCAUCGCAAUUUCUUUUGUGGUGGCAUCCGUCCGUCACAAUGUGACGAUGGAGUGGGCUUCGGAGGACGAAAUCCACAUGGCCUGGGAUUAUUCUUUAAGGAUUAUAAGCUGGUUCCCAACAGCAAAUCGCCUCUCUCCACGCCGCUGGGUAACCCAAGGGAACAUCAUUGGAUGAUACAGCUUGGCACCAGUGACGUCGCAGGAGUUGCCGGAAUGUUUCAUUGUAUCAAUGUUAUCCGCCUUUCGGGACUCCAUCUCCGGGUUUAAUUUCAGAGUUUCCUUCUCUUAGAUGAGUUGCCAAUCCAAGGUUAACGAGUCCCAUCUACCCGGGGUGCUGGUGGGUUCUUGCUGGAAUUGAACUCCAGAUCACCAACUUGAGAUUUGCUCAGUUUAGACCACUCGGCCACACAGCACCCAAUUUCUUUUGUACUGCAGGCUUUAUUUUGGAAAAUAAUAUCUUCUUAAUUUCACUCCAAUUUUUUUUUUUUAUUUCGAAGGUUCCUCACUGUCCGCCAGUCAAAGUAUGCUUCUUUUGAACCAAAACUGAUGAACCUUUCAAGAGACAACGUUACUCUAUUCGGGGAUCUGCAAGUCUGGAAAUACUUUAA